CAACGCGGCAAGUCGAUUUGAGCAAAACUUCGUUCCAGUGUUUAAAUUUAGAUAAAAUUCUUCUCAUUUUAAUCUGUAUCGAAUCCGAUUGUGAAUUUCACUCAAGCGUAAAAGUGUCAACUCUAUAUUAUAAAAUAAAAAAAAUUGCGUUGUGCUUGUGAUUUUAAUUAAUUUUUUGUUUGGAAAAUGCCAUCGUUGUCAUCACCCACGCAAUCUAUGGACACUGUUUAUCCAGAACCUAUGUCAAGAUUAAAUAGGCGAGUCAUCCCGAAGAAGAGGAGAGGUGGUUCCCAUAGAUAUCGUACUCAACCAGUAACGUUUUCAGAAAUUCAGGAAGUUGAUGAAGAAAACGUAGCGGAAGAAACCAUCCCGGACUCAUCGACAUCAAAAUCCGAAUUGAGUUUGAUAAUGAAUAGGAAGUUUGAAGAAUUUAAAAAAACUAGAGACAUUGAUUUCAUAUUAAGUGAUAAAAUCGAAGAAAUAACAGAUGCUUCAAAUCAAGUUUCAAGUAAUCCAAAAGCUAGUGUACCUUUAAAAACAUGCAGAUCAAUAGGUAGGCUGCCUUCGCGGCCAUCUUUUUAACAGCUUUCACGACAGAUUUUAGAUAGAGUUAGAACGAACGCUUCAGUAAUUUUAGUACAAUAAUUAUCAUUAUGUAAAUAUAUAUGUACUGCAUUGAAGCUAAAUUAGUUUAGAUGUACAUGUAAUAUUGUGUUUUGUAUACGUUAAAUUCACAUAAAUCGUAAGGAUAACAUAACCUAAAAACUAUUAAUCCUUUCAAGAAAUUGAGGUUAUGUGAAAAAAUCCCUCAAGUGUUUUCCAUUAGCUUCUUUUAUGUAGUCUUCCCAAUGCCAUUUCUCUAUAUAAGUAUAUGAAGAUCAUUUCGAAAGGCUUGUUGAGGAACGUGAAUUCAAUUUUGAUACAUAUUUCUCUAUUAUUCGUCGUAUAAAAGCGAAGUUACGUUAGGUUUAGGCCCUUACUAGACGAGAGAACCGAGUUGUGCAAUCAGUGACUCACCCCGUCACCGGAUAUUGGUUUUUACGGAUCUUAUCACACGCAGGCAGUCGCGUAGCCACUGGUUGCCCCGUUUCGGCAACCAGUAGCUGCUCAGUCUGAUUACGAUGCUGUGUAGCAUACAGAUCUUUUUAUACUAGGCAGCUAAUCGCCUAUCGCCACAUAGGCUUCAUUUACACAUCAUAACUCAGAGAAUAUAUAGCGUUAUGGUGUUUAUUUUCGUUUUUGGUGUUUUGCAUUACGUGCAAAUGUUCUAAAAACAUGUUUAAAUACAUAUUGUACGGUACUUCCAUAUAUUCACUUUUCUGCAUAGAGAAAAAACUGCUAUUAGUGUCUAAAUCAAUUUAAACUUAAAUGCUUACUUACCUUGAAGUAACUACAAGCUUUCUCAUUUGUUUAUCUAUUAGUUUAUGGUUAACAGAAAUGCUGAUAUGCAUAUCUAGUAAAUAGAUUGUCCCAAAAGUGUUAAACUACAUAACGCUGAUUUACAGCGGGUUUUCCCUGAUUUCGGUACCUCCUCUGACAAGGACCCUUAGUGUCCAGCUAUUAGUAAGUUGAUAGGUAUUGGAUGUACCACCAUAUCUUUCUCGAAUAUCUCAUGAAAGUGACUAAGAGGAAUGGCUUUUAGCUACAUUCUACUCAAACGUAAAUUGUGUUAAUGCUAGCAGGAGUAUUCUAAAAAAAUCCUUACGAUUUUGUGUUGAGAUGUUAUUAAAAUAAUGUAAUAAAACUAUGGAUGGAGGUUACAUUGAAGCAAACGUUUUUUAAAAGUAUUUAUUAAGAUUUUUGUAUUGAACUAGGAGGUAGAUUUGUAUACAAUAAACAAUAUAUUAGCAAUAAUAUGGUAAACAAUUACUACAAGAAAAUUAGAAAAGAAUUAAGGUGAAUAUUACCACAAUAAAAAUGUUUUGAGCUUCAAACAAUAUUUUAAUAUUUUAGAUUUGGUUCCAAUGAAUCGUCAUUAUCAUAAAUAAUACUUAAGGAAUAUAUAUAUAAAAAAAUAUUGAAAUAUUCAAUCUAGAUUUUGUGUAAAUCAUUCAAAUUUUUAAUUCUGAAAAAAGAGGGAGGUCAAGAAAGUUGCUUCUAUUAAUGGUUAUUAAUCUCCCUUCUUCAAAAUGUUGUGAAAGUAUCUUAUCAAAGUAGUAUUCAUGCAACCACUCAACGCUGAUUCCAUGCUCAUUUAUACAUUAAUCGUAAUCCAUUUGUAGCUUAAAAGAACCCAGAAGUGUCCUAUCUAUAUUGAAAGUAUAAGAAUCGCCUCGGACAGCAGCGAUUUCAUUUAGUACUGGCAAUGAUUUCGCAAUUACGAAACGUGUGCGAAAAACGAGGACCUUCACUUGUUAGUCUACAUAUGGAACUUCCUGCUAUGUAUUUUAGAUACUGGAUCUCAAGAGCUCUAGCAAAAACCUCACUGGAAGCGAAAUUCUUUCCUUGUCUUUGCGAACAUGAACUGAGUCUUAAUAUAUUAUCAUAGUCUAUAGACAAUAGUCUUUUUUUUAUCUAUAAAUCGAAGCACUUGUCUGAUAAAUUAAAUAAUCAGCAUUCAUUGAUUCAUUAAACAAAAUUUCAAAUUCCACUACAUAUAUUCACUUUUUGAGAGGUUUUUAUAAUUAAUAACUCAAUGGCUUAGUUACAUGCCGUUUUGAGACAAUAGAACCCCAUUAGAAGUAAAUAUAGUCUAAUAACUAAAUAUAUUAAGUUUUAGAAAAUUUUUAAUUAAUUGCUUUUUCAAAGUUAUAGCUAAUUUUUCCUGAUUUUUCAGGUUCUAAGAUAUAAAUACUAUUCAUAUUUGAUGUUUAUUUUAACUCUUUUAUAAAGAACAAAAUAAAAGCAAUAAUUUUGUUAAGUUUACUUUC